AUGGGUGAGGUCUUUGGAAACUGUUUAGGGGUCAGAGGUAGUUGUGGUACUAUUGUUUUUGUCACUGCUGGUGCUGUGUCUGGCGUCGAUACCAUUGUCCUUGCCCCUUCUGAUGCCUCUGCCGGUGCUGCUGCCAAUUUCCCUGUGGGGAUAAUUGCCUUCUUGGUGCACGCCACUGUAAUUUGCUCCAUCAGUGGCUUGCUCAUCCAGUCGUCGUCCUGUCGGCGGCAAAGCCUCUUUGGUGGGCAAUGCGUGAUAAUAUUCCCUGCAAAGAGCCAGUAUUUUUUGUCCGUCGACUUCCAUCCACAUUGCAGUGUCCAGAAACCUGUCUGUAGAUGGGCUGCAUUAGCGGCCCUGUCUGCUUUUUAG